GUCAUUUUUAUGGUUUACUUGUUUACAAUUUAUUCAAAAGCAGAAAUUCAGGAUUUUUGUGUAUAUCGUAGUUUUUUUAGAAAUUAAAAAAAUGAAUGAAGUGGCAGAUUUUGAUGAUGAAUGGGAUGAUGAUAUGUUAAAUAAUUUAGCUGAUACAGAAGCCUCUUUUACUGAAGAUAAUAAUUCAGAUCCAGACAGUCCUCAGCCCAAACAUUUAGAUGCCUUAAAACGAUUAUUUGGCCAUAAAGAAUUUAGACCGAUGCAAUGGAAAAUCAUCAGUUCAAUAUUAAACAAUAAACGAGAUAAUUGUGCUAUCAUGUCUACAGGUUAUGGAAAAUCACUUUGUUUCCAAUUUCCAUCAGUAUAUAGAGGUGGUGUAACAUUUGUUAUUUCACCUCUUAUCUCUUUAAUGGAAGACCAAGUUUUAGCUUUAAAGGUUGCUAAUAUUCCAGCUUGUUUACUAGGGACAGCUAAUAGAAAGCAAGAAACUACUAUAAGCGAAAUAGAAGAAAAUAAAUAUAGACUUGUUUAUCUAACUCCCGAAUUUUGUUGUGGGGAUUUAGGUACAGACUUACUAGUAAAAUGGAGUAAAACACUAGAAGUAGUUCUAUUAGCAGUAGAUGAAGCUCAUUGUGUGAGUAGCUGGGGCCAUGAUUUUAGAGCUCAAUAUAGAAAGCUCGGUACGUUAAGAGACAUUAUGCCUGAUGUUCCUAUUCUAGCGGUGACUGCUACAGCUACUAAAAAAGUCCGAGACGAUAUUGUUAAAAAUUUAAAAUUAAGAAACCCCCAACUGGUAUGUACGAGUUUUGAUCGACCAAAUUUUUAUUUGAGCGUGAAACAGAAGUCAAAUAAUGUUUUAAACGACCUCGAAUCAGUUAUGGUGAGACAAAAUAAUAAGUUACAGUUCUCAGGACCAACCAUUAUUUAUUGUAUAACCAGAAAAUUAACAGAAGAUGUAGCUGCAAUACUUAAAGUUUCAAAUAUUAAUUGUGGUCUUUAUCAUGCCGGUCUACCAUUAAAGCAGCGGCAAGAGGCCCAUGAAAAAUUUGUUAGAGAUCAGGUAGAUGUAGUGGUCGCAACUAUAGCAUUCGGUAUGGGAAUUGAUAAGCCAGAUGUAAGGAAUGUAAUUCAUUAUGGAAUAUCUAGUAGUAUAGAAAAUUAUUACCAAGAAAUAGGAAGAGCAGGUAGAGAUGGCCAACCAGCAACCUGUGUUUGCUUUUAUUCUGCGGCAGAUUUUAGGUCUCAUAGAUUUUUACAAAAAGAACUGUCUGCAAUCAAUAAAGAACGAAAGGAAGCUCUAUUAAACAAUAUUACGAAUUACGUUGAAACUACGGAAUGCCGAAGAAAAUUUAUCCUUUCAUAUUUCGAAGAGACGAUGAAUACAGCUAAGCGAGAUAGAUGUUGCGAUAACUGUUCAGAACCGAAACGAAUUGUCAAUCUUGAAAAUUAUGAAGGAUUAGACACCAAUGGUAAUUAUGACUUUUCUGAGGAUGCAAGGUUAUUUUUAUCUGUCAUUGAUAAUAUGCCUGGAUAUGGCAUUAACACCUACGUCAAAAUUUUAGUAGGAAAGGCUGAGAAAAAGUAUGAAUAUUUGUAUGAUAAACCUUUAUGGGGAUGUGGAAAAAAUAAAUCAAACAAUUGGUGGACCGAAAUUGGUCGUCUUGUGCUUAAACACAAAUUUUUGGCAAACAAACCGACUUCAAAUAAAUUUGUUGUUGUAUACAUUCUCUCGGAUACUGGAAAACGUUUCUUGAACAGUACUGGAAAAUUAAUCUCGGCUCCAACUGAUACCAUAUUGGAAUGUUUAACAACCAAAAGUUCGAUUUGGAUAAAGAAAGGUGAUCGUGUAUCUAAUAAUAAUCAGCCCACUAGCAGCAAGAAAACGACACCAUUGGACCAAUUCUCAAAACCAGAAGUUGAUACUAAGACAUCGGAGGUAUACAGGUUGUUAAUAAACAGAAGAACGGAAAUUGCAAAUAGCGAAAGUUGCAUGCCUUAUAUGGUGGCUUCUACAAAAGCUUUGCAAGAAAUAGCGGAGGCAAAGCCUCAAACUUUAAAACAGCUGGAGUCGUUACAAGUUGAUGGUUUUACAGCAGCUAAAUGUAAGAAAUUUGGGCAGUUGUUGUUAGAUGUGAUUCCAAAUAUGAAGAAGUCGAUUAAAGAAUUAUUAUUACAAUAUCCCCUGCCGGAUGUGAAAGCUAGUAUUAGUACCACAAUUAACCUGUCAUACUUGUUGUGUAAUUCAGGAAAGAGUUUAAAAGAAAUUGCAGACGAAAGAAAAUUUGCCAUAUCUACGAUAGAAACACAUCUAACAACUGCGAUGAAGGCUGGCCUUCCGGUGAAGUUGUCGAUAUUUGGCGUAGAUAGAAACUUAGCCAACACCAUAAUUAAGGGAAUCCUUGAAGCAAAUGUUGGUUUAACCGUUUUAACACCGAUCAAAUUAGCUUGCCCAGAUAGUGUUACUUUCGGCCAAAUAAAAGCAUUGGCAACGUAUCUACAAAUUCGGGAGCACUUGAAUCAAAAAAAUGCCUUGUACGAAGAAGACGAUGAUUCAGAAUAUUAUGACAUGUAUGUAUCCGCUAAGAAACAAAAAGAAGAACAAAGUCAAACAGAAAAACUUAAUACGCUUCUUGAAGGGUUAGAAGAAGUAGAUAAAAAUGGCCUUAGUCAGGACAGUUCACAUAAUUCGAACUGUUCUGAUGAUGUACUAUUAAAUGCUUGCAAGUUUUAUGAAGGAAAAGAAGAGCAAAGUCAAACAGGAAAACUUAAACAAUUUAAAGAAAAAAAGAACAGUUAUUUUGAUGAUUUAUCAUCAAAUGAUGAAGAUGAACCAAUACUAAAAAAAUCCAAAUAUGAUUGUUCCGAGCUUCUAAAAUCUCCCCCGAGAUGUAAAGAUGCAAACAGCGACACAGAUGAUACAAUAAUACUCGAAGAAGCUGACAACAGUAUUGAUUCAGAUAGUCGACAACAGAACGACGCACUCAAGACACACGUACCUCAACAACCAAAUCAGGAAAAGCGCACAGCCAUUUCUGCAGAACAGAACAAUACUUCUACCAAUUUACCACCAUGGUUGGUGAAGAAGAGAGUAGGUUAAAGACUGUUAAUAUUUUUAGUGUAAAAAUCCGUUAAAAUUUGUUAAAAAACAGGUUGGUACUUCACGCAUAUAUUUUGAAAUAUUAAUAUUGUAUAUUUAGACGGAUCAAUGCAAAAAAGCAAGAACUAUUUGCGUACAGUUAUUUUUGAAUCUCCAAUUUUGUAUUUUGUAAUAUUUGUCAUAAUGAUUGUCUGUUAUUAAUGUUCUUUUUUAUUUAUAGUAAAUUUUUUAUCCCUA